AUGUCGUCCAAUCAAUUCACUGUGGCGUCACCGCCCGCAGACGCCAUCUCCGCUUUGAAGUUUUCGCCUGACCCCAAUUCCGCGCGGAUCGCCGUGUCGUCAUGGGACAAGAAUGUGUAUCUGUACGACCUGCGCGAUGAGAACGGCAUAGUGGGAGAAGGGAAGCUUUUGCAGAAGUUCGAGCACCGGGCGCCUGUGCUGGAUGUCUGUUUCGGGAAGACCGAGAAUGAGAUCUAUACGGCGGGUUUGGAUUGGGAUGUGCGGAAAAUUGAUGUGAAUACUUCCACGCAAACUGUCCUCAGCAGCCACGAAGCCGGCGUGCGCAAUGUCGUGUACAGCCUCGAACACAACCUUAUCAUCUCGGGCUCGUGGGACUCGACACUCCAUGUGCACCGGCCGGACGCCGGCGCCAACCCUGAUUCCUUGCCCACCAUCGUUCCGCUCCCUUCGAAACCCUUCUCGUUGUCGCUGACCGCCACGAAACUGGUUGUGGCCAUGGCGUCGCGCGCACUGCACAUCUACGACCUGAAGGCGCUGGCUCUGCUGUCGGCGCAAGCAGAUGAGACGGCCGCGGGUGGCAACCGCGUUGAAGUCGAGCCGUGGCAGCGGCGCGAAAGCAGCCUGAAGUUUAUGACACGGUCUGUUGCCUGCAUGCCCGACGAUGCCGGGUACGCUUCGUCCAGUAUCGAGGGGCGCGUGGCUGUCGAGUGGUUCGACCCCUCGCCCGAAUCCCAGGCGCGCAAGUACGCUUUCAAGUGCCAUCGUCAGACCUCAGAGGAUAAUGUCGAUGUGGUGUACCCGGUAAACGCGCUGGCCUUCCACCCCGUGCACGGGACCUUUGCAUCAGGCGGCGGCGAUGGCGUCGUGGCUCUCUGGGAUGGCAUUACGAAGCGCCGCAUUCGCCAGUACCAGAAGUAUCCAUCCAGCAUUGCGGCAGUUGCCUUUAGUGGCACUGGUAGGCACCUGGCCAUUGCGAUCAGCCCUGGGUUCGAAGACGGCAAGGACGAUGUGCCGGAGGGCAUAGUGAAGAUCUUUGUGCGAGAGCUGGGCGAGACCGAGGCCAAGGGGAAGGGGGCAAAAUAA